GUGGAAAUUUUGCCUUGCCUGAGAGGCACAAUGUAUCUUUUGAAGACAGUGUCUGGCUGUAGCUGUUUACUUUUGUGAAACUCUGAUUGGAAAGUCAGAGUAUGGUAUCAGGGUUUUUUCUGUCUGCUGGUUGUGAACAGGCCCCGGUGCCCUGGCUGUCCUCUCUCCCUGUGGGCUGAAUUUAACUCUGCUGCUACAACGCUUGCUUUUCUUACUAUUCAUGCAUGGACAACUAGAGGAAAAACCCCUGGAAAAGGCAAAACUUUUGAGAAGUCAGCCUGCUCAAAUGGUGGAACCCAAAGGUCUUCUGUAUGUCCAGCAGAGAGAGUUUGCAGUGACUACCCCUAAAGAUGGUUCUGUUUCCAUUCUUGGAUCAGAUGAUGCAACAACCUGCCACAUAGUUGUGCUCCGACACACAGGCAGUGGAGCCACCUGCUUGACACACUGUGACGGAUCUGACACAGAAGCUGAGGUGUCACUCAUCAUGAGUUCAGUCAAAUCUUUCUCUAACACCACAGAAUAUGGAAGGCUGGAAGUGCACCUAGUUGGAGGUUUCAAUGAUGAUAGGCAGUUAUCACAAAAACUUACUAAUCAGCUUCUUAGAGCAUUCGAUCUCCAACCAGAUGAUGUUCAUUUAGUGACUUUCUGCGUAACAGAACUGAAUGACAGAGAAGAGAACGAUAUUCACUUUCCAAUCAUUUAUGGAAUAGCUGUGAACGUUAAAACAGCAGAGAUUUUUCCUGCAACCUUCCCAGAAAAAGGGCCGGAUGAGGAUUUGCGUUCAGCCCAUGUCUUAACAGGAGCAACGCUGACGAACAUUUAUGAUGCAAAGAUGGAACAACUCCAUAUUGGGCCUUAUUUCUGGAGGCCUUUCCCACACGUGGAUUUCUGGUUGGAACAAGAUGAUGAACAGAUUUUACAGAAUCUUUCCACAUCACCCCUGGCUGAGCCACCUCACUUUGUUUCCCACAUUAGAUCCACAUUAACAUUUUUAAAAGAACAUCCCUUUCCAUCUCGCUCCCUGUUUCCUGACAGGAAACCUCGCAUCUACAAAAAAAAUGAAGAAGGGUUGUGGGAACAGGUUUGUUCUGACAAGAUCUAACCUAGAAGCAGACAGCACAACUGCUUUAGUACAGUCAAGUAUAGUCUUGCAAGAAGAGCAAUUUGUUGUAAAAAGCAUGUUGGCUGGUCACAAAGAAAUACCAUUGUUCCUGUGCUUUUCAAAAUAAAAUAUUUUGACAGAAGUAA